CCGUGACCAAUACUAAACUUAAAGUACAGUUAAUGAAUAUAAAAAUUGGUUAGAUUUUUAAAAAUAGGCAACGAACCGAACCGUUAUCAGCUCACCCCUGUUGCUUACAGAAUGUAAAGCCAAAAACCCGGGCGAGCCUCCCUCCCUCCCUCUUCCUCCCGGCUACAUGGGCGAAGGCAACAAAAAAGCAAAAAAGAAAAAAAAAAAAAGAAGUUCUAUGGUUCUCUGUGAGUAUUUUUAACAGUCGAUGGCAAGAGAAGAGAAGACCCAGUUGAGCUAUUUCAAACAAUCUUGAGAAUCAGCUUCAGGUAAGUCUAAAACAAGUCCAUACUGUAUGCCGAUCUCAACCAGAAGCUCACAAUCCCUUCUUCUUCUUUUUUCUUUCCUGUACUUCUAUUUAUCACUGUCCAAAUCAAUUUGAUAUAGUAUUGAAAUGUCAUUUAGCUUUAAAUCUUACCCCACAAUUCGAAAAGCCAUUGCUAAUCCUCAAAAUUCCGAGACUUUAUUUCAGUUUCGUGCGUGUAUGAAUGGUAUUGAGUUUGUUUCUGUUGGAAAAGGUCAUAUUAGACGCACAUGUAUUUGUUUGGCUCACCCAUAUGCUUAUAUUUUGUUUAAUUCAUUUUUCUCUUCAUUAUCUUCGAGAAAUAUUUAUCCUAGUUCUUCUUUAAAUGUUACUUUCAAUACCCAUGAUCGAGAAAGAGAUGAGUCUUAUCAUAGGAGCUAUGGGUUUAGCAAAUCGAGACAAAUGGGUGUUGAUGAUGGUGAGUGCAAAACAAUCAUUAGCCCUGAAAUUGAUGGUUUUGAUGAAAUUGAAGAAGAUGACGAAGAUGAAGGAGAAGGUAGUGACAGUGAUGUUGAUGACAGUGUUUUCAUGGCUUUGAAUUCUGUUAGUAGAAAUUGUGGUCAAAAGGAGGAUAUCUGGAGAAUUGAAAUAGAGGAAGAAGAAUUUCGACACCCUUUGGUUAGAGAAGUUUGUAGGUUAAUUGAACGUAGGUCAGCUUGGAAUGCUAAGCUUGAAGGGGACCUGAGGCGGUUACUAAGAAGCCUCAAGCCUCGACAAGUUUGUGCUGUUUUGCAGUUACAAUCUGAUGAAAGAAUUGCUUUAGAUUUUUUCUAUUGGGCUGGCCGUCAAUGGCGAUACCGGCAUGAUCCAAUUGUGUAUUAUAUGAUGCUUCAGGUUCUCAGUAAAACUAAGUUAUGUCAAGGAGCUAGGAGGGUUCUUCGGCUGAUGGUACGUAGGGGAAUAGCUCGUCGGCCUGAAGCUUUUGCUCAUGUAAUGGUAUCAUAUAGUCGUGCAGGGAAGUUGAGGAAUGCAAUGCAGGUCUUGACCAUGAUGCAGAAAGCAGGUGUUGAGCCUAAUCUGUUGAUAUGUAAUACUGCCAUUCAUGUUUUGGUAAUGGCAAAUAAAUUGGAGAAGGCGUUGAGAUUUUUGGAGAGGAUGCAACUUGUUGGAAUCACACCAAAUGUUGUCACUUAUAACUGUUUGAUCAAGGGAUACUGCGACCUUUAUCAGGUGGAACAUGCAAUGGAGCUAAUUGCGGAAAUGCCUUUCAAGGGAUGCCCCCCAGAUAAAGUUAGUUAUUAUACUGUGAUGGGUUUUCUCUGCAAGGACAAGAGGAUUAAAGAGGUGAGGAACUUAAUGGAGAAGAUGGUGAAGGAUAAUAAGCUGUUUCCUGAUCAGGUUACUUAUAAUACUUUAGUUCAUAUGCUUUCCAAGCAUGGCCAUGCAGAUGAGGCACUGGAGUUCUUAAGGGAAACUGAAGAAAGGGGUUUUCAGGUUGAUAAGGUUGGGUACAGUGCAAUAGUCAACUCAUUUUGUAUGCAAGGAAGGAUGGACCGGGCGAAGGAAAUUGUGAAUGAAAUGAUCACAAAAGGUUGCUCUCCUGAUGUUGUGACCUACACUGCUGUUGUUAAUGGACUUUGUAAGGUUGGGAAGGUAGAAGAAGCUAAAAAGAUGCUUCAGCAAAUGUACAAGCAUGGCUGCAAGCCAAAUACUGUAUCCUAUACAGCCCUGUUAAAUGGCCUUUGUCAACAUGGGAACUCAUUGGAGGCAAGGGAGAUGAUGAACAUGAGUGAGGAAGACUGGUGGACCCCUAAUGCUAUUACAUAUAGCGUCGUGAUGCAUGGGCUUCGAAGGGAGGGAAAGCUCUCCGAGGCCUGUGAUGUGGUGAGGGAGAUGCUUACAAAGGGGUUUUUCCCAACUCCCGUUGAAAUUAAUUUACUAAUUAAGUCACUCUGCUUGGAGCAGAAAAUGAACGAAGCAAAAAAGUUUAUGGAAGAGUGUCUGAACAGGGGGUGUGCGGUGAAUGCAGUAAAUUUUACUACCGUAAUUCAUGGAUUCUGCCAGAGUGAUAACAUAGAUACUGCUCUAUCCUUGCUGGAUGACAUGUAUCUGAACAACAAACAUCCUGAUGCAGUCACAUUUACCGCGAUAAUUGAUGCACUAGGAAAGAAAGGUAGAAUAGAGGAGGCUACUGUAUAUACAAUGAAGAUGCUUAAAAAGGGAUUAGAUCCUACACCUGUGACGUACAGAGCAGUCAUUCAUCAGUAUUGUAAAUUGGGUAGAGUGGAAGAAUUAAUAAAACUAUUAGGCAAAAUGCUUUCACGGAGUAAGUGUAGAACAGCAUAUAAUCAAGUUAUUGAGAAACUGUGUAAUUUUGGAAAUCCUGAGGCAGCUGAUAAAGUUGUUGGUUUGGUGUUGAGAACAGCCUCAAGAAUUGAUGCUAAUACAUGCCAUAUGCUAAUGGAGAGUUAUUUGAGCAAAGGGAUUCCUCUAUCAGCUUAUAAAGUAGCUUGUCGAAUGUUUGAUAGGAAUCUCAUUCCUGACUUGAAGUUGUGUGAAAAGUUGAGCAAGAAACUGGUCUUAGAAGGAAAACUGGAGGAGGCUGAUAAUCUUAUGUUACAAUUUGUUCAGCGUGGAAAUAUUUCACCAGAUAGUUCACAGCAUUUGAAAAGCUAAUGAGAACCACCUAUUUGCUUAUAACAUCUUCAAGGGAUAUUGGAAAUCUUGAAGAGCUUCAGUUUGGUGUUUGAAGAGAUAACUGGUAUUGAGAACAAAUACAUUACCAUGCAAUUCACAGAAGAGUUAGCACUUUGUAAAAUGUGCUUGGAGAAGUCGAUGAUCCCUCUUUGACUGCUCGGCGCCAUUGAAAAGCAAUACCUACUCUGGUUUUUUCUGUGUUUCGGGAACAAGUUAAAAUUGCGGUUAAUAUUUGCUGAUGGUAGCUGAGAGGUUGUGUUGACCUGUUCUGGAAAUGACCUUUUCAAAAUGCAAUGUUUCAGUUUGGUGGUCGAUAUUUCUUUUUACUCAGAUGGUUGAUCAUCAACUACUGUUUCCUCAAGUGUAAUUGAAUUUAGGUAUGCAUCAUUGCAGGAAGUAGCUUGUCCUUCUAUGUAAUGAUAGCAUAGAAUUCUGCAUGGCCAUGAAGCUAGCAAGCAAGUCUGGAAACAAGCUUAACAAUGCUCAUGAUGGAUACGUGAUUGGACACGCCGGCGACAUGUUUACAGAUGACAUGUUGAACAUGGUUCAAAUGCUCAAGCACUUGUUUGGAACAUGUGGGAUGAUGGGGAAGCCAGUUGGGAGGCUCAACAAAUCUUAUUUCUGGUUUCUUAACAAGUUAUUCUAUUAUCUUUAGAAGUCUUAAAUUUUAUUAAUUAUUGUUGAAUCUUGUUCUUAAUCCUUGUUAGAUGAGAAUAUAUUAUUAUUUCAUAAUUUGUGCAAAAGUUUAGAGAUACCUUUAAGGAUUAGGAGUCUAAAAGUCUUUUAGGUUUUAAAGAUUAGCCAACUCCCAUUGAAAUAGCUAGGCUUGUAGUAGUUUCUGUUCAGUGUUCAGAUUCAUUAAAAUAAAGAUCUCCUGCAUAUUGUUGCCUACA